AUGAAGCGGACCAGGGCGCAGAACCCCAAGGCCCAGGACCCGGAGCCGCAGGACCCCGCCGCCGCCGGGAGCAACCCCAACCCGAAGCCGCAGCGCCGCGCGAAGCAGCCCCGGCAGCCCAAGGCGGCGGCGACGGCGGGCAAGAAGACGGCCGCGGCGCGCGAUGCCGCCGCGGUGGCCGCGACCGCUGCCGCUGCUGCUGCCACCUCCGUCGCCGCAGCGUCCCCUGCUGCGGAGAUGGCGCCCGUCGUCCCCGACGUGUGCGUCGCCGCCGGCGGAGGAGGAGGUGGGGAGGUGGCGUGCGGCCUGCCGGCUGAGUGGGACGAGAUGGACGGCGCGAACGGGUCGCCGUGGUGGACGUUCGGGGUGGAGGAGGAGAAGCUGCUGGGGUGGUUCCCGUUCGUGGAGGAGGACUUCCUGUCCAUCGGCGGCGUCGGCCCCGCCGCCGCCGAGCCCUCGGUCUUCGACGACGACAUCUGGCGGAUCCACCAGAUCUACGAGAUCCCCAGCUACGCCGCCAAGUGA